ACAAACACUCUGUAACCAGAAAACUAACCACUAAAAGAAAAAAAAGCUAAUCAUUAUUGUUGAUCCAUUCAACAAACAAGUAAUUUUUCCAAAUCCAAAAUCAUAUAUUUUUUUUUUUUGAUCGAUUUUCAAUCAAUCAUUGAAGAAACAUGAAUUAUUCAUCGAUGGCCAUCUUUUUGAUCAUGAUGGCUACCAUCAUCAUGGUAAAUGCAUCAAAUGAAUCAACAACAACAGCGAAAAAACUUGGUUCCUAUUGUAAUCCAACAUUAGAUGGUUGUUCGAAUGAAACAUUAAUUUGUUAUAAUUAUCAAUGUUUAUGUAUAAAUGGUUUUGAUCAUGAAAAAAAUCAAUGUAAAAGUUUAAAUUGUCAACAAGAUCAAGAUUGUUCAAAGGAAAUUGAUCCACAUAGAAAAUGUAAUCAAACAACAUUGAAAUGUAAUGAUUGUCAAUAUGGUUGGUUUUUUCAUCCAAAACGACAACGUUGUGUAUCAUAUUUAGGACAAUCAUGUUUAAAUGAUGAUGUUGAUUAUCAAUUAAAUGAACAUGAAUUACAUAAACAAUCAUUAGUUUGUCGUAAUGGUUUAUAUGUUUGUCGACCAAAUCAUUAUCCAGAUGAACAAUGGACACAUUGUAAACAAAAACCUGAAGAUUGUCAUAGUCAUGAACGUUGUCAUAUAUUUUCUGAUUUUUAUCGUAUUUGUCAUCGUUCAAAACAUUCUGGCCGUUCACAUUGUAUUUGUAAUCCAGAUUCUCGGGAAAAUUCUCAUACAUUACAAUGUAUUUAUGUUGGACCAACAUUUUCAAGUUUUCUAAUGAUGCCUUUUUUCCUAUUACCAAUGUGUUUAAUGAUUGUUAUUAUUGCUUAUGUUGGUCAUCGUUUAUUUCGAUCAUCAUCAUCAUCAUCAUCAACACAACAUUCAUCAAAUUCUAACCGAAAUAAUCAACAAUCAACAAUGGCAUCAAGAAUAAAUCGACGUUUACGUCGUAAUAUUUCAUCACCAUCAUCAUCAUCAACAAUGCAAUUGGAUCCAACAAAAUCACCAUCAGCAUUAAAUCGUAUGAAUCAAAAUGAUUCACCACCAAGUUAUGAUGUUGUAUUACGUGAACAGCAAAGAAUUCAAGAUGAACUUUUACAACAACAACAACAUUCACAACAACAACAAGUUGGUUGUUCAACAUCAACAUCAUCAUCAUCGACAAUUCAGCCAUCAUCAACAUCGACAACGAUCAGAUGAAAAAAGAAAUU